AUGGUUGAUGAAAUAGGCAAAGCCAACAGCAGCGAGCCGAUAAAUGAAGAACCAGUGAGAAAAGCCCCACGUGAAAGUCCCGCAGCAGCCAGCAGCAAACUAGGAAGCAUCUUCGAAGAGAUCCUGGAGGAGAGAGAAGUAGAAACCAGAGCAACAACCUCAUCCUCGGCCGUUUCAGAGGUGCAGAACUACCUCUCAGAACCAACCAUUCUCAGGGAGUAA